ACACAUUUCUCAUUCUGUUCCCCCACAGCUCAAGCUCUCAGUAUAUAUAAAUCCCCAUAUCAACUCUUCCUCUACUCAGUUUUUCUCUCCUUUUGACACAUUUUCCUAAGCCCUCUCCUGAAAUUAAACCCAUUCAUAUUAUAACGAGGUGGGAUCAGCGUCAAAGUUCUUUUUUUUUUUUUCUUUUUCUUGAGAGUUGCUACAAAGAGGAUUAAACACAGUCAACUAAAGACUUAAAUCAUCAAGAAAAGGCAGAACAUGGCUGAACCACCAAACUUAGAAACUGAGUCAAGUAGUAACUCAUUUACAAAUUCCCCCUCACCAUCCUCUACAAAUUCAUCUACUACUUCUCUUCUUAACACAGUACUGCCUAAAAAUAGUACUAACACAAAACAUCAGUCCAAAAGGUGUAGGGAUGAAGACGAUGCCAAUAGUAAGACUAGAUCAUAUGUGGGAGUACGAAUGCGUGCCUGGGGAAAAUGGGUAUCCGAAAUCCGCGAACCAAGAAAGAAGUCUCGGAUCUGGUUAGGUACUUUUGCCACUGCAGAAAUGGCAGCUAGAGCACAUGACGUAGCUGCAAUGUCCAUCAAAGGUAAUUCGGCGAUCCUCAACUUUCCUGAGUUCGCCGAGUUACUGCCCCGCCCUGUCACGUGCUCUCCACGUGACGUCCAAGCAGCGGCCAUUAAGGCCUCUCACAUGGACCAUCUCAAUCUUAACACCAAGAGAGAAAUGUCAAUCACCAUGUCGUCAACUCUGACGUCGUCAUCAUCAUCAUCGUCAUUGGUCUCAAGCCUCACAUCAGAGGCGGAGGUGCCUGCAUCUCCGCCUCUGAGCGAGAUAGUGGAGCUGCCAAAGCUGAGUUACGACUCGGUUGAGUCAGCUCAGGAGGAGUACAGGUUCCUAGAAUCAGAUAGGUGGGCGUAUCGUCACCCAUGGUUACAUAGUUUGGGAGAUUGUGAAUAUUUUGGAGGAGACAGCAUGGGAUCAACAGGAUUAGAAGGUGUACUUUCAUGCAGUUUCGACAGCUUGCUAUGGCAACAUUAGAAUCAACAAUGGUGUGUUUUGCUUUUUUAUUUUAUUUUUCUUAUAAGUUUCUUUAUUGAGAGAGAAGCUUUUUGUUUAGUUUUAGCUCUUUAUGAAUAAGAAAACCCCAAGGGC